AUGUUUAAAAGAAAACACUCAUCUGGAUAUAGUAAGCGCCAACAAAAGAGAAGAGUUGAAGAAUUAACUCAAUCUCAGAGAGGUGCUCUUGAUAAAUUCAUUAUUAAAGAACCACAAGGUUUAGUUGAAAAUCUUGAAAAUGUAGGUCAUGAUGAACAUGCUAAUGAAAAUGUGGAAAACUUAGGUCAUGCUCAUGUUGAAAAUGAUAAUGUAAUCAAUGAGGAGGAACAACCAAGUCAAUCUAUUCCUUUAGAUAUUUAUGAUCCUAGGACUUGGGAUGGUCUAGAUUCAAAAUCAAGAGAUGAAUUAUUGGCAAAUGGUCCAAGAAGAGAUCUAUCAAUUGAGAAGGGACCUAGUGAUAAAUUUUCUAGACAUUUCUCCUCAACGUUUUACACUCGUUAUUUAUCAAAUGGAGAUAAGUAUGAUAGGGAAUGGCUGGUGUAUUCCAAGCAUUUGGAUAAGGUGUUUUGCUUUUGUUGCAAGUUUUUUAAUAAGAGCCCAAAAAUAAACUCUUUAGCUAAUGAGGGGUUUAAUGAUUGGGUACACCUUAGUGUGAGACUUAAAGAACACGAAACAAGUGGUGAGCACAUGAUUAACAUGAACACUUGGAUUGAUUUGCAAAUGAGAUUGCAAAAAAAUGUUACAAUUGAUAAACAUGUUCAACAGCUUAUUAAUAAAGAGAAAGAACAUUGGAAGGGUGUAUUAAUAAGAAUAAUAGCUGCUGUAACAUACAUUGGCAAGUAUAACUUGGCAUUUCGUGGAAAGAAUGAGAGGAUUCAUGAAGAUAGCAAUGGAAAUUUUUUGGGCUUAAUUGAAAUGAUAGCGAAAUGGGAUCCAAUCAUGAAAGAACACUUGAGACGGAUUGAUGAAAAGGAAAUUUAUCAUCAUUAUCUUAGUCCAAGGAUCCAAAAUGAGCUGAUUGCAAGGUUAGCACAUGAAAUCAGAAAAUUCUUUUUGGAAUUCUUACAAGUUGAUGAUACAUCAGGAGAAGGACUCUUUGAAGAAUUACAAAAUGUGUUAAAAGAUCUAAAACUUAAUAUUGAUCAUGUGAGAAGACAAGGAUAUGAUAAUGGAUCCAAUAUGAAAGGGAAAAACCAAGGUGUACAAAGAAGACUAUUAGAUAUAAAUCCUAGAGCUUUGUACACACCAUGUGCUUGUCAUUGUCUUAACUUGACACUUUGUGAUAUUGCAGACUCUUGUAGGAAAGCACAGGAUUUUUUUGGUGUGAUACAAUGUAUUUAUACCUUGUUUUCUCAUUCCACAAAGCGCUGGAAAAUUUUAAAAGAUAAUGUAAAGGGUUUAACUCUUAAACCAUUGUCAACCACACGGUGGGAGAGUCGAGUUGAAAGUGUUAAAGCUAUACGAUUUCAAGUUGUAGAAGUGAGAGAUGCUUUACUCCAAUUAGCUGAACAAGAUAAUGAUUCUAAAAUUAGGACUCAAGCUAAUCAUUUAGCAAAACUUGGACUUGGAAACUUUGAGUUUUUAUUAGCUGUGAUUAUUUGGUAUGAUAUUUUGCAUGCUGUCAAUUUAGUUAGUAAAAAAUUGCAAGAAAAAGACAUGCUUAUUGAUGUUGCUAUAGAUCAAAUAAAAGGAUUGAUUGUUUUUUUUGAAAAGUAUAGAGAAUUUGGAUUUUCUCAAGCCAUGUUUGUUGCUAAAAAAAUUGCUACUAACAUGGAGAUUGAUCCAAAGUUUGUGGAAAAAUGUCAAGUUCAUAGAAAGAGGCAUUUUGAUGAGAAUCUUAAUGAUGAGUCUACACAAUCAAAUCAUGAAUCAGCUGAAGACAGUUUCAGAAUUGAUUACUUCUUAUAUAUUGUAGAUGAAGCAAUUGGUUCUUUGAAAAGAAGCUCAAAAUGCAAGGAGGACAGUUUUUAG